UUACCAGAGAAAAAGCUUGAAAACUCUACUGAUGAAACAAAUGUUUCGAGCGAACAAACUUCAACAAGCCUUAACCAAACUCCUUCAUCUAUUAUCCCCAAGCAUUCUGAUGAUUCACAACCAAGAAGAGCAAUGCCAGCAACACUUUUUGUUAAUAUUUCCGAAGAAGAAUCCUCAAAGAUUGUUGAAGUAAGAGCUGAAGACGGUGCUUCAAUAUUAGAGACCCCACAUCCAAGUUCCUUAACUUCUAAAAAGGAACCUAUUCCCGUGAGUCCCAAUCCCACCAUUCUCCCUAGAAGCCCAGGUACAGCUGCCAAAAUUUUUGAAGAGGAAGAGAAAGGUGACCCCUUUGUGCCACCAGCGCCAAUUGUUUCAAGUGAGCAGCAAGCUUACGAGACAACAAGUCCUAAACCAUCAAAAGCUAUAAUGAGUCCUAAUCAAACUCCCAUGUGCACUCCCGCUGAGACUUCUUAUGGAAGAAAGAUCCAAGAGAAUGUUGGAACCAUUGACCAGCGUUUGCAUGAAACUUUGAGUGCUAUUCAAAUUUCUAGUCAACCUGUUGAAUGUGGUUCAUCACACAUGGCCCCUUCUGUUUAUGAAACCAAUAAUAAUUUAUUAAGUGUUCAUGGGGUAAAAGAGAUAGCUGAUAUGAUGAAAUUAGAGGGUGCUGAGCUGUUCAUGCUAGCAGAAGCAUUCCAGACUCAUCCACAGCUUCAUCUUUCUUCAGAGGAUCGAAGCACUGAGUUGCUAUGCUAUUCCUAUAGGGUGCUACUAAAUAUUUUGAACAUUCUGGCCACUAGGAGCCCCUCCACAAUCACUGAGGCAGACAAGAUAUUGUUGGCAAAGCAUUUAAAGGAUGCUUCUGUUCUGGGAUUUGACAAGGAUUGGCUUGAGUCAGUUAGGAACAGGGUUUCCAACUGUGAUGCAUCAGAACUCCAUCGCAUGCAACAAGCUUUGAAGGGUUUAGGCAAUAAGCUCCGAGCCAAUAAGAUAGAGCUUGCAAAUAUUCGAGACCAGGAGGCGAAAGCUGCAAAAUUGGUAGAAAUGACUCAGAAAGAGUUGGAAGCCAAACAUAAAGAAUUAGAGGCAGCAUAUAAAGGGUUGGAAGCAGCUCAAUCCCAUUUUAAUGUCGCACAACAAGAACAUGCAAACAUUAGAGCAUGUUAUUCUCAACUCUUAGAAGAAUGCCAGGGAAUUUCAGAACAACAGUAUCAAUACUCAGAAAUUAUUGCUGCCAAAUUCAGGCCUUUCGGCUUCUAA